AUGGCUCUUGCGCGAGCCGCUCGGCGGCGGCUCCUCCCCCGCGGCGCGCUGCGCCCGACCUCGCGGAGCGCGGUCACGACGACGUUCCUCCCCGAGAACCGCGAGUGGCACGAGCCCGCGGUGCUGUCCGCGGCGGCGGCGAGCUUCCGCGACGACGAGCUGCGGCUCCUCGACGCCCUCGCGGAGGCGGCGGCGGCGAGCCUGGACCGCGCCGUCGAGGCCUCGGCGGCCGAGGCGUGCCUCGACGCGUCCGUCGCCGCCGCCGGCGACGGCGACGCGGCGGCGCUCCUCGCGGACUUUGCGGCGCGCGCGCGCGGCGACCUCGCGGCGCGGGUCGGCGCGGGCGCGACGGCGGCGCCCCUCGCCGCCGGCGAGACGCUGCGCCUCGCCUACGCGGCGCGCUUCGCGGAGCGCGUCGCCGUCGCGCUCUUCCCGCCGGGCGGCGACCGCUACGGCGCGCUGCCGCCGCCGGCGGGCCGCGGCGAGCGCGCGCGCCGCGCGCUCGCCGACGCGGGCGCCGCGGCGCUCCUCGAGCCGGCGGCGGCGGCGCCAAGCGCCGCCGCGUCGCCGCGGCUCGGCGCCAAGGUGCGCGCCGCCCUCGAGGCCGCCUGCGCGGGCGACGGCGCCGCGCGCGUCGCGGCCGCGGCCGCGCUCGCCGACGGCGACGACGACGGCCUCGUCGACGUCGCCGAGGCCCGGGCGGCGCUCUACGCGGCGGCGGCGCCCGUCGCCGACGCCCUCGCCGACGCCCACGGCCACCACGUCGCCGCGGCGCUCGGCCGCGACCACGCGCCCGCGCGCCGGUUCCUCGACCGCGGCGCGGCCCGGCGGCUCCGCGGCGCGGCGCGCGGCGCGCUGCGGCACCUCGACCGCAACGCCAACGACGCGCUCGACCUCCCGGCGAAGGCGCGCUGCGUCGCCGCCUGGGCCGAGCCCGACCGCGUCGACGACCCGCCCGAGCCGCCGCCGGUUCUGAGCCCGGCGUGGUUCGCGCACCGCGGCGGCGCGGACGGCCGCGCGUACGUCCGGCCCGCCGCGCUCGCGGAGGCCACGGACGAGUUCUUCCCGGAGCACGCGAAGCUGGGCAAGGAGCUCGCCACCGCGCUCCUCCGGCACCGGGAGCAGUUCUGGCGCGAGCACGAGGAGGGGAAGACGUCCGCGUACCUCACGGGCGCCUUCUGCCUCUUCUGCGCCGCCGCGGACUACGCCAUCAUGGUCGCCUAG